ACACAAGCACAAUGUGUCCCAGAAUAAGUAGAAACUUGCAGGAGAGAGGGUCGACUGACUACUGUAUCGGGUCAUCACAUCAGAUAAACACUGCACGUAGAGUUAUCUGCUCUUUGUGAGCAACAACCCGCUUGCUGACCUCAAAAGUCUUAUCUCCAAGUCGCUGGAACCUAUCGCCACAGAAGGACAAAAGCUGGUCUUUGUGGGGUUUACAGGUUUGCACCCCUCUCCCCUACAAACUAGAAGUGCUAUGAGGUUUGGUAGACAGCGCUCAGUUUUUUUUUUAAGCAAGAAAUUCCAAAAACGUUGUAAUUGAAUGUCACGUGCCCUGUGUGUGACGAGCGAGAAGUACCAGAGAGUUUGGUAAAAGCACUUUCUGCCUCGCGUGAUGAGCAAACGAUUCCAAACGUUUUGGAAGACAAAGGAGGUGCCUCGGGUCUUGUGAGCGAUGAGUAAGGAAAUCUGGAUGUUUGAUAGACAACACUCAGUGAUUCGUGUACGUACUCUCAACGUGGUGACGUCACGAUUGUAUCCGCAGUAAGAGGUCAGAGAGUACCAAUCUCACACACGAACUGCGCGCCAAUCGUCUUGAAAAUCAGCAAAAAUAACCAGCGAGCCCGAGCUCGCGCCAUGAAGACCGGGGUGGAGGUGGACCCUCUGCUGCGAGCUCUGGGAGCCAAGGGCCGCUACCAGCUGACCCAGCUAGUCCUCAUCUGUCUCGGCUCACUGGGAGCCUCCUACCAGCUCUUUGCUAACAUCUUCACAGGAAGAGAUGUUCCCUUUCACUGUGCACCGCCAAUCAACAGCAGUCAUCUCACGGGCGGCAGCGAUGAGAUCCCAUGGAACUCCAGUUCUGUGACCUACGACACGUGUGUCAUCAGACUGGACACCAACACCACUGGGGGAGGUAACCACAGCCGGCACCACAGCAGGAGUUACGGGUGCUUGUAUGGCUACCAGUACGACCUCAGCCUUGAUGCGUCCUUCAUGUCCGAGUUUGACCUGGUGUGUGGCGGCUACUUGCUGGUCAGCCUGGCACAAACUCUUGUCGUCCUGGGGCAGGCACUGGGAGCCUCUGUGGCCUCCAUGGUGUCAGACAGGUUUGGACGUAAGCGGGUGCUGGUGGGUUCUCAGCUGGGACUGUUUGUGGUGGGGGUGGGCAUCGGCUUGGCCCCUACCUACCCUAUCUUCGCGGUGCUGAAAGUCGUCGUCGGAUUUUUCCAACAGGGGGUGGUCACUGGAGUGGCCACCAUGGGUAUCGAGCUGUUCACCCUAGAGAGCCGAGUCCUGAUCGUGGUGGUGAGCAACCUUUUCUGGGCUGUCGGCACCACCAGCAUGGCGCUCUUUGCCUUCCUGUUACGUCACGCCUCGUGGCGCGUGCUGCAGUACACCUUGUCGGGCGUCUCCCUCCUCACCUUCCUCCUGCAGUUCUGGCUUGUGGACGAGUCGUUCAGGUGGCUGGCGGCCAACGGCAAAGUGGAGGACGCUCUUCAGAUGCUGCGACGCGCUGCACGUAUCAACGGUAAGAACAUCGACAGCAUCCUGGACAACCCCGACAGGUGGCAGCAGCUCAGUUCGUCUUCGGACUCGGAGGGCGACAGUGCUCACCUGUCGGUUACUAACGCAUCGACUGAAGUGGUGAGUUCUCACCUGGCAAAGAACCUGAGCGGCCACGUCACCACACAGUUCGGACAACGCACGCGGCCGCUGACCGUCCUCGACAUCUUCCGCCACAAACGUCUCCUCAUCAACGCCUUCGUCACCUACUACUCAUGGAUAACCGUAGCGUUUGUCUUCUUCACCCUCUACAUGACGUCUACGUCGUACGUUGGGGACCCAUACCUGAACUAUUUCCUAACAGCCGUGAUGGAAAUGCCAUCUUGUAUCAUCCUUUACUUCCUCAUCAACAGAUUUGGUCGAAAGAAAAGCGUUCAGAUGUCGUAUGCCUUCACUGCUGUCAGUCUCUUCGCUAGCGCCACCUGCAGACCCUUUAGUGGUAUAUACAUAGUGGGUACACUUUCUGCUGUCUUUGCCAUGUUUGGGAUGUUGGGAGGCUCAGCCGCAUUCAGUGGAUUGUUUUUCUACACACCAGAAUACUUCCCGACUAAUCUGAGGCAGCAAGCCCUUGGCACAUCAUCCACCAUGGGUCGUAUAGGAGGAAUGGUCGCUCCAUUCAUGAAAAAUUUGGGACAGCUGGUCAAGUGGGCACCUGGAGUGAUUGGUGGAACAAUGUGCUGUUUUGCUAUUGCAUUCUUCCGAUUCCUGCCAGAAACUAAGGGCAGAGAACUACCCAGAGACAUUGCUGACAUUAAACUUUGGUACAAAGAGGCGAGAAAUGCCAAUAUUCAAGCACCAAAGAAAGCUGUCAGCACCCAAAAGGAUGUGUAGCACCAAAUGCAAGUUAGCAUGUGACCAAGAUGGGGGUGUGAACUGCACACAAAUUUAGGUACACAAAUGUAGAUAAUAUGCUCUUGUAGAAGGCCUUGAGUUUAUUCAGGUUAUAUGUUGACAGUGAACACUUGCCUACCUGAGAGAUCGUAGACAUAAGCAGACAAACAAGAAAGUUUGCAGUCUGCAACAAAAAACCCCACAAAAAAUACACAAAAACCCUUCACACAAAUAACUAUUAAAAAAAAAAAAAAUGAAGAGCUCACAUUCCCCAAAUAGGACUGAGAAUCGCUAUCACUCAUAAUAGCAUGAUAAAGAUACACUGAUGUUGACAACACUUGUUUAUUAAUCAGUAGCCUUCUGUUUGUAAAACAGUGAUAAGAUAUGAUAUAAACUGAUAACUUGUGUGUAGAAAGGUGUAACAGCUGUUGGGAUAACCAAACUGACUUCAUUGCAACAUAGACAAAAGCAACAAAAAGCUUUUUUUAAAAUAAAAAAAAUCUUUCAAAAGCCAGCAAAUUUGUUCAAAUACAAAAUUUCAAAAGCCACUGUUGUAGAAUUCAUUCAA